AUGUCUUUGCUGGGCGCGAUUCUGUACAUCCACCUCGGGCUAUUGUUGGGCGGGUUCGAGUUCUCCACCGCCUGGAAUGUGUCCCAGAUCUCCGCCUCGGCCAGGUCCCCGGGAGGCGCCUUGGACCUGGAGACAUCGGACGCGGCCACUCGCUUUCUCUACACCGGAGAUUCGGCUAAACUGACGGAGGUAAAUUGCACCAGGCGGGUGGAAAUCAGAGGCGUGAAAGGCGAGGCAGCCGUCAGCCUUCAUCCGGUGGUCCACGGCGCCGUAGACACUAUGGUCCACGCCACCAACUUCCUCAACUUGGUCUUCCAGACUAAUGAUAUCAGGGAAUCUAGCGUCCGGGAGGACAUAGAAUGGUACCAUGCCCUGGUCAGGAGUAUCGUCGAGGCAGAUCCCAAAAUUUACAGGGCGCUUCUCACCCUGGACGUGCCCGCCACUCCUCUCAAGUCCCAGCUGGUGAUCCAGGCAACCAGAAGGCAGGAUGCGAUCUUCCUGCAGGACCUGUCCAACUCGCACGACCUGGAGAACAGGACCACGGAUAGCGAAUGGUUCCACCGGCUCAAGUACCAAAAGGUCCCUCACCUCAACAAAAGACUCUUAAACAAUGAUCUUCAGACUCUGGAGACCCCGAAAUGGAGCCAGGGAGACAGCUAUAUGGUCAACAAAAGCCACGUCAAGUGGUCCAGUCCUUUCUUGGACUGCGUAGGCGAGAAACUGAUCCCCAAGUGGAUGGUGACCAUGUCUACCUCGUUCUAUGGAUUGAAGCCCGACCUCAGUCCGGAAUUUAAGGGUGUGGUUCGGAUCGACAUCAACCUGGAAAACCUGGAUAUUGACCAGUGUUCCACUGGAAAUGGGUGGUUUGCGGAUUCCCAUUGGUGUGACGUCAACACCACAGAGUGCUCUCCACUGAAGGGACAAGGGUUUCAACUAGGAGCUUAUCAAUGCGUCUGUAAAGAAGGAUACUACAACCCGAACCUUAUCACCACCAACAGCAAUGAUAGGCAGGGUGAUGAGGACACUUCUCUCUUCAGCCAGUUUGCCAUUGGCGAACCCAGGGCCCUGUUCCGGUGUCUCCCGUGCAAGAAUGGCUGCAGUUCGUGUGUCAGUGACGCUCCAUGUUUCGUUCAGGAGGACAGGCAUCUACGGCCGUCCAUCCUCUCGUUCCAGGCUUUUGCCAUGUUGCUCGUGUUCAUCAGCAUGUUGAUGGUCUAUCACUUCAGGAGAAACAAGAGAAUCAGAACAUCUGGACUCCUUCUGUUGGAGACAAUCCUUGGAGGAUCUAUCCUGCUUCACUUUCCUGUAAUUAUCCUGUAUUUCGAGCCCAGUGUUUUUCGGUGUGUCCUGCUGCGAUGGGUGCGGAUGCUGGGGUUUGUCAUCACCUAUGGAACCAUAGCCUUAAAGAUUUACAGAGUGCUGAAGGUGUUCCUGUCCCGAACAGCCCAGCGGGUGCCCUACAUGACCUGCUGCAGGCUGCUGAAGAUGCUGGGGGUCAUGGUGCUGACGGUCUGUUGGUUUCUUGUCGCCUGGACCAUGGGCGCCUGGGAGAACAUGGAGCGGAAAAUCCCUCUGGUCACCCAGUCACAGACUCCAGAUGGACGGAGGUUUAACAUGUGCCGGCUGGAUCGAUGGGAUUACAUGAUGGCCUCUGCUGAGUUCAUCUUCCUUUGUUGGGGCAGUUAUCUCUGCUACUGCGUACGUACAGUGCCAUCGACCUACCACGAGCCACGUUUCAUGGGCCUUGCCAUCCAUAAUGAAAUCCUGAUGUCUGCUGCCUUCUACAGCCUCAGGUUCACCAUGGCGACCACUCUUCACCCGGACUGGAUGCUAGUACUCUUCUUCGUUCACACUCACCUCACCGUCACGCUGACUCUAAUUCUGCUCCUCAUCCCCAAGUUCCUCCACUUGGGACUGCCUCUGAGGGAGGACGUUGUGGCCGAGGUGUACGAGGAUGAACUGGACAUGCGAUGCUCUGGUUCCUACCUCAACAGCAGCAUCACAUCUGCCUGGAGUGAGCAUAGCCUGGAGCCAGAGGACAUCAGGGAUGAGUUUAAGAAGCUUUAUGCUCAACUGGAAAUACACAAAACCAAGAAGAUGACUGCCAACAACCCACACCUUCAGAAGAAGAGGAGCUCGAGGAGGGGACUAGGUCGCUCCAUCAUCAAACGCAUCACGGAGAUUCCCGAUUCAAUGAGCCGGCAGUGCAGUAGGACUGAGAGGGGUGGAUCCAUUGGAACUGGGAGUCACUGCAGUUCCUACAAGAAGAAGUUUAAUGAGCCCUCCAGCUCCAGCAUGAAGAUCAGAGAAGAUUCCAUCAAACGGGUCUUUUCAAUACGGAAGUCCCACAGCACAUAUGACCACAUGAGGGGCCACCGGGAUGGUCACUCUGGCAGGUCAGAUUCCUCCACAAGGGACCCUUCCCUGCUGGAUUCCCUGAUGAGGAAGAAACUUGCAAAAAAGGCUUCGGAGAGGUCGGACACGGAGUCGCUGGAUGCAGCGCCGCUGGUGUGCAAGUCGGCCAGUGCACAAAACCUAACAGUGGACAAGCCCUCGUUGCCCUCCAAGCCGGGCACCCUGCAGAAGUCUCUCAGUGUGGUCACCUGCGCGAAGGAAAAGGCGGUAAUGUUCACCAGGAAGAGCGAGGAGAACCCAAAGCAGGUCGGCGAGAGAGCUCCAAAGAAGUUGUCAACCAACCAAGCACCAACCUGCCUCCAGCUCCCCACUGUCAGGGCGCAGCCGGACGAAGCAGUUAAGACGACCAGAGGGGACAGGCAACAGGUACACACGGAAGGCACAGCAAGACUACACUUACAAGAUGGCCGCAACAAGUGUCCGGCUCACCCCGCAGACUCCCAGAACCUACAGCCCCCGUCUGCUGAGACAAGGUAUCACAAACACGUCGGCUAUGUCACAAUCAAGAGUGGCGGCGUGGACAGAUCGCACUCCUCGGGGAAGCUGGACUGCAGAAAGAAACCCGUGGACGUGGAGAGGAAACAUCACAGCUUUCGGCACGCUGGCACGGGCGGCACUCUGGGUGGGGACGUGAAAGAGGCGGCUGCAAGUCGAAAUGAACCCCAGGGGCCAGCAAAUAAGCGUUCGGGGACCAGCUCGUCCCCAACCAGACUUGGUAAAUCGGCUAAAUCUUCAAAGACAGAACAGGAAGAGGUGCCUUUCAAUACCAAUAAGACAGAAUCUGAGCAGGCAGGUCACGUCAAAACAGGCGAGAAUAAGCGAGAAAAAUACAUGUCACUGAUAAAACAAGCGUCAACAAAUAGUGCAAUUAUUUGUCCAUGGGAUACAAAUUCGAUGGCGGACGUAAGUGUGGACCAGAGAAAGGGGCGGUCUUUGUCCAUUUGCACUUUGGCUCCUGAAUCACUUAUGCAUGGCUCCUUCAAAACAAAGCCUAUGAACCUCUCCUUAAAGCAGCCCAAGGGAUUUGGGCUGUCUCUGAAACAUCUGGUAACACCGGGAAAGACGAGAGGCUGCAAAAGAGAAAAAUCCACCAAAGCGAGCGAGACAGGGAAGGGCAGUCCUGACCAGGAGCGGGUUAAUGGGGCGGAGGCGAUAGGUUCAAUGGGUAAAGCUACGUCUAUGGAGUUCAGUCCACGAAAAAAGGAGAGCAAGGGCAGUGAAGACAAAACACAGCCAACCGAUAUACCCAAAGAUAUGUCUUCAGAAUCUACUCAGCGGCACAGCGGAAGCAAGCGGGAAAAAUAUAUGACCCUCUUAAAACGAGCAUCUACAAGCUCUGCCGUUAUUUGUCCAUGGGACGUCAUUUUGAAAGGGGCGUCACCCACUGAGGACCAGAAGAAGGGACGGUCUUUAUCUGUUGGUGCUGGUGUGUCAGGGUCGCUUCUCCAAGGCGCCUUGAAUGCAAAGGACACUAAUGGUUCGAUGCAACAGGGUAAGCAAUUGGCGUUGUCCCUGAGACAGCUGUUACCAAGUAAGGCGCGAAACAAAGAUGUCAACCAACAGACCACUGAUAAAUCUAGAAUUGCCGAGAUCUGUCCCUGGGAUGCUCAGAACAAGGAAACUUCUUCACAACCUCACAGACCCAAUGGCAUGCCGAGCUGUUCCUGGGACACAGGUUAUAUGGAGAAACAACAGGAAAAGAGAUUGUCUGUUGAAAAGAACAAAAUCUCAGGUGCUGGUCCAUCAAUAAACUCUGCCAUCAUUUGUCCAUGGGACUUACUUCUGAAGGAGAUAUCAGCUGGGGGCAUGAGUGGUGAACAGAAGAAGGGACGGUCUUUAUCUGUUUGUGCUGCAAUCCCAGGAUCAUUUCUACAGAGUGCAAAAGAUGCCAACAGCUCAUUGCAACAGAACAAGCGAUUAACAUUGUCACUGAAACAGCUAGUGUCGCCAGGCAAGGUGAAGAACAGAGAGAACAAAGAUGGCCAGUCGCAGCCUAGUGAUAAAUGUAAAGUUGCAGAGAUCUGUCCCUGGGAAGUAGAAGAUACCAAGAACAAGGAUUCACCACUGCCCAUUGAUAAAUCCAAAGCCACAGAGAUCUGUCCCUGGGACUCAGGAGAUACUCAGAACAAGGAUGCCCCACAGCCCAUUGAUAAAUCCAAAGCCACAGAGAUCUGUCCCUGGGACUCAGGAGAUACUCAGAACAAGGAUUCACCACUGCCCAUUGAUAAAUCCAAAGCCACAGAGAUCUGUCCCUGGGACUCAGGAGAUACUCAGAACAAGGAUUCACCACUGCCCAUUGAUAAAUCCAAAGCCACAGAGAUCUGUCCCUGGGACUCAGGAGAUACUCAGAACAAGGAUUCACCACUGCCCAUUGAUAAAUCCAAAGCCACAGAGAUCUGUCCCUGGGACUCAGGAGAUACUCAGAACAAGGAUUCACCACUGCCCAUUGAUAAAUCCAAAGCCACAGAGAUCUGUCCCUGGGACUCAGGAGAUACUCAGAACAAGGAUGCCCCACAGCCCAUUGAUGAAUCCAGUCUUGCAGAUAUUUGUCCUUGGGACUCAGAAGAUACCAAGAACAAGAAAUCUUCACAGCCCACUGACAAAUCCAAAAUUGCAGAGGUCUGUCCCUGGGAUACUGGAGAUUCCAACAACAAGGAAACUUUAUUAUCCACUGAUAAAUCUAAGGCUUCAGAUAUCUGUCCCUGGGACACAGUAGAUACGAAGAACAAGGAUAUUUCACUGCCCAUUGAUAAACUCAAAGCCACAGAGAUCUGUCCCUGGGACUCAGGAGAUACCAAAUACAAGGAAAUUUCAUUACUCACUGAUAAAACGAAAGCUUCAGAUGUCUGCCCCUGGGACUCCGGAGAUACUAAGAACAAGGAAACUUCAUUACCCACCAAUAGAUCUAACCUUGCAAAUAUCUGUCCGUGGGAUGCCGAGAGGAAAGAGGGAAAAACAUUGCCCACUGAGGGAUCUAACCUGGCAGAUAUCUGUCCCUGGGACACGGUUUCAGAAGAGACAAGAAUCAAUGCAAAUCAGAAGAAGGGACGGUCUCAGUCGGUGUUUGCAGCUGUCCCAGGAUCACUCAUACAAGGCACCUUGAAGUCAAAAGAAUUCCUCGGUCUCCCGAAUGAGCCAGAAGUCAUCGAGCUACAGCUCCAGGCCCUUAACACGUUCUCUGAGGAGCUGCACCUGGUGCAGAUGUGGUUAUCUGGGAAGCUGCAGGUCUCCCAGAUGUAA